AUGGCAACAACUAAUGAUCAAUCACCAUUUUUUGAUCUACAAAUUGAAUCACCAUCAAGUUCAUGUUCAUCAUCACCACCAACAUCAUUGAAACCAGUUAAUAGUCAACAUGAAAUUGAUUCUGGUUGUGGUAGUGAUGAUGAUCCAGCAUUAGCUUUAAAAAUUAAUAAAGGUCUUUCAAUGGGUUAUGAUUAUGAAUUAAUUAAAAGUGUUAUACAACAACAAAACGAUGGAGAUGAUAUGUCAAAAUUUAUUGAAACAAUUGUACGUACAGCUGAAGUAAAUAGUAAUUCAAAUUCAACAUCAAUUAAUAAUAAUAGUCCAUCAAGUAAAAGUUGUUCACCAACAACAAUUAAUCAAAAAACAGAUAUUGAUUCAUCAUCAAUAAAUUCAAAUUGUUCAGAAACGUCAAUACCUAUUCCACAUGAUGUUUAUAUUAUUGAUGGUGCUGAUCUUGCUUAUAGUUUUGGUAAUAAUGUAUUUUCAUGGCGUGGUAUUGAAAUUUGUAUAAAAUAUUUACAUUCACAUGGUCACAAAAAAGUAUUUGUUGCAUUACCAUAUUCAUUAAAACAUCAUCGACAUGAUCAAAGUUUUUCAGAAUCAAAAUCAUUACGUGAUUUAGAACGUAAAAAUAUGCUUGUUUAUACAAAUCGUAUGUCAAAACAAACAAAUAAACCAGGUUCAUAUACACAUAUAAGUGAAAUGUUAAAAUUUUCACAAAAAACUAAGGGACAUUUAAUAACAAAUGUUUCAUUAAAAGAUGUUAUACUUGAUUUUACUAUUUAUAAACAUAUUAUUGAAGAAAAAGUUAUUCGAUACCGUUUUCAAAAUGAAAAUUUUCAACCAUUAUUAGUAACAAUUGUAAGUGGUGAUGAUGGAAAUGAUUGUGAAACACAUUAUCCAUUAUGUCCUUAUGGUAAAAAAUGUACAUAUGGUUCAAAAUGCAAAUAUUUUCAUCUUGAACGUCGAUAUCAAAAUCCAUUAUCAAUAACUGAAAGUCUUCAAAUGAAAGCACGAUUAGAAAAAUCGAAAUUACAACAUCAAUCAUCAAAUCCAUCCAUGAUGCCAGUAUUAAUUAAUAAUACAUUUAAACCAACAUUUAAUCAUACAAAAUCAGUUCCUGAUCAAAUACACAUGUAUAAUGAUCGACAUUCACCAACAUCAUUUUAUCCAAUGAUGGAUCAAAGUCUCGUUGAUGAUGCCCGUACGACUUAUGAAUAUGGUUUAUCAUCAACAUCACCAAUAUCAACAUCAAAUGAUUUUUCAUUUAUUGAUCAACGUUUACCAAUUCAACAACCAACACGACAAGCACAAAUUCCAACAUAUCAUAGUUGGUUUGGUACACCAAAUCAACAACAGCCAUUUUUUAAUCGAACUUUUUCAAUGCCACAACAACAAACAAAUUUAUUUUCAAAUAAUGAUUCUCAACGUAUCAUGGAAGAACAACAACAGCAAAUGGCAGCAGCUAUACUUAUGCAUCAACAACAACAAAAUUGGGCUAGACAACAACAACAACAGCAACAGAUGUUUCCUAUGCAACAACAACCACAACAAUUUGAGCAGAAUGUUCUUCGCCUUCUAUCAAUGCUUUCUUUCCAACAACAAAAUAAUAUGAUAAAUAAUCAUAAUCAACAUUUAUCAUCUAUGAAUACAAUGAUGCCAUCCAUGACAGCUCAAUCAUCUCAACAACAACAACAACAACAACAACAACAGCAACAACAAGAAAAUCAAUAUGAUCGUUCUUCAAUUAAUAGUCAACAAUGUUUAGCUGAUAAAAUUCAAGCUGUACGUCAUCUUUGGGAAUCAGAAAAUCAAUAUUCAAAUUCUUCACAACAUGUUCAUCAAAUAUCAAAUUAUAAUCAACAACAAAAUUCAUCUAUGGUUGAUCCAACUGUAAGUAAUCAUAUGAAUACAAAUUAUCAACAAGCAACACAUGGUUUUAUUCAAUUUCAAUAA